GGUUUGUUUUGGUUUUUUAAUCUCAAUUUUUAUUUUAUCGAAUUAAUAAUGGAAAAAUAGUUUUAUACGUGCAAAUUGAAUGAAAAAGUCGCACCACGUUGACUAUUCGCUUGAUUCGCGUCAAUUCUCUGUCCUUAAGUACAGGGAAAGAUAUAAAAAAUGGAAAUUAAAGACGAUAUUAUAAACAACUUACUUUGCAUGGCUUGCUUGUGUGUUGGAAGGGUUAUACGAAAGGUGGAUGACGAGCAGCAAAAGAAAUUCUACCUGGAGGCUUUACAAGAACUACCUCUGAACAACAUAAACAUAGUGCCAAGGGUCUGUUGGGAGUGUGACGCCACCCUUAGCAAAGUGCUGUCGUUCAGGGAGCAGGUCAAGGACUGCUACAGGAUCCUGCAGACUUACACUGAGAAUCUUCAUGAUUGCUCCUUGUUGGACAUAUCUAGACCGCCACGGUUGAAGGUGCACACUAACAGUGCAGUGGUCAUCACACCAGGCGAAGAAGAUUUCGUCAAACUUGAAAGUAAAGAUAAAGAAAAAAUAGAGAAAUCAUCAGAAAACCCUAAAACUGAUAGUUCAUACAAAGGUCCAGUAGAAGACAUACAGACAGUAUUAUGUGAUGUUAAAAGAGAUAGAAGGAAAAAGAAGAAUAAUCUCAAAACUAGUUCAAAAGUGACGCGUCGGAAACGCAUGACAAAAAAGGACAUAGACCCUGUGGCAGUGAGUGAAAAUUACAAGAAAAUUGACAACGAAAAUGUUGAGAAACUCUUUAUUAAAGUUGAAACUAACUUCAACGACCGUGUCAAAGUUGAUGAUGACGUCAAAAUUGAGAUUGACAAUCAUGAUGUACUAGAAGAUAAUUUAUCAAAUGAGGGUAGUUUGAAAUCUUUAGACUCUGACGACGAUGUUAUGGGUGACAUCGAUACACAAAUACAAACAUUUUUGGAUGACAUUAAGAAAAAUAAAGAUAAAUCCACGAAAGUUAAGAAGAAAAAGAAAAUUAAAAAGGUGUCAAAACCACAAAACAUAUUAACAGUAGAUCUCUCCUACGACGAGAUGCAAAGAGAGAGAUCUCUCCUGUGUCGGAGAGAGAGUUACGUCCAAGCGCAGUACAAGUGUGAGUCUUGUCUACUGGUUUUCAACUGCGCCACGUCUCUACGGACGCAUCAUGUCAAGAAACAUAAGGUAGAUGGUGAUUACAUUUGCUCCAUCUGUCAGACGAUAGUGUCAUCUCUGGAAGCGUUCACUGCACAUUACAAGAGGCAUAUGAGAAGAUACGAAUGUGCGAUAUGCCACAAGAGCUCCGUAGACAUCAAAUCCAUCCAACAGCACUUGCACACGCGACACCAGAUCACUGUCAAGAAGUACAAGUGCAAAUCUUGCGGGAUGGUCUCCAAAUCAUUAGAUAAACACCGCUACCAUUGCGACAAACACAAAUCGCGCGUCCAAUGCCCGCAGUGUGAUAAGACCUUUAGCCACCGCGCGGGCCUAAUGAACCACAGGCUGGCGGUCCACGAGUCACAGAACCAGUUCCCUUGCACGCUCUGCGAUAAGGUGUUCCGGUGGAAGACCAGCCUGAAGAGACAUCUGGACAAACACAAUACUCAGGAAAAUAAUACAGCAUCUACGAACAAAGCGUACUGCGAAGAUUGUGAUAUCGGAUUUUCGUCUGUCUGUUCGUUACAGAGACAUCUCCGAAAUAGUCUCAAACACGUCACUUACGACCAACUGAAAUUCAUUUGCGACCACUGUGGCCACCGUUUCGUGGAUAAGACAAAACUACGCGAUCAUAUCGAGGAGAAGCAUUUGUAUAGGACAUUCCAGUGUCACAUCUGUCAUAAACCAUCCAAAAACCGGGUCGGUUUGGAACAGCACGUCCGUACGGUACACAAGGGAAGACCUAACAACCGGAUAUGCCACCAUUGCGGGAAAGGAUUUCCGACGAAAGUGCAGCUUGAGUCGCAUAUCCGCACACACACCGGCGAAAGGCCUUUCAUGUGUGAAUACUGCCCCGUCACAUUCUCGCAGCAGUCCAACCUGUACAAGCACCAUAGACAAGUGCAUUUAAACAUGAAAUCCAAACGUUACCCGCUGUGUAAGAAGAGUAAAGCCGACGGGAAUCAAACCGGCGAUCCUCAACCGACAUUCCCGAUAGCAAUCAUGCAAUAUGUUCCUGAAAAUACAUUUACUUUCUAAGUUUCACCUGGACUUCGACUGUGUUGGUGUUAGCUGGCGGGCGUGCUUUGCCUUUUUGGAGUGUUUUU